UUUUUCUCGAAUUAUCGCAUUUAAAUCCAUUUUUAAUCUCUGAGUGAUAUUAUUGUGAUUAUGUGCUGUUAUCUUUUGAGUGGCGGAGGCGUACGAUAAGGGUGUUGUUGCAUGGUGGGGAUAAGGAGAAGGUGCAGUGAUGGGAGACAGUUUCUUGCACCUGGGGGACAUUGUCUCUCUGCACGCGGAGGGCACCGUAUCAGGAUUCCUCAGUACCUUAGGGUUGGUAGAUGACAGGUGUGUAGUAUGCCCGGAAGCGGGGGACCUGACUGAUCCGCCCAAAAAGUUCCGGGAUUGCCUGUUCAAAAUAUGCCCUAUGAACCGUUACUCCGCUCAGAAGCAAUUCUGGAAUACAGCCAAACAGUCCGCAAAUUCAAAUACCGAUACAGGACUGCUCAAGAGGUUGCAUCAUGCUGCUGAGAUAGAAAAAAAGCAAAAUGAGUUGGAGAACAAGAAGCUACUCGGGACUGUCGUGCAGUACGGAAGCGUACUACAACUGCUGCAUGUCAAGUCUAAUAAAUACCUUACUGUAAAUAAAAGAUUGCCCGCGUUGCUGGAAAAGAACGCCAUGCGUGUACACCUUGACGCCAACGGCAACGAGGGUUCUUGGUUUUACGUUAUGCCCUUCUACAAAUUGCGUUCCACUGGUGAUAACGUAGUAGUCGGAGACAAGGUAAUCAUGAACCCCGUUAACGCCGGCCAACAAGUCCUACACGUCUCAUCUAAUCACGAACUGCCUGAUAACGUUGGCUGUAUGGAGGUGAAUGUGGUCAACUCUUCGACGUCAUGGAAAGUGACGUUGUUCCUAGAACACAAGGAGAACCAGGAGGAGAUCUUGAAGGGUGGUGACGUGGUAAGACUGUUCCAUGCUGAACAGGAGAAGUUCCUCACCAUGGAUGAGUACCAGAAGCGGCAGCACGUGUUCCUGAGGACCACGGGACGGUCUAGUGCAACAGCUGCGACCAGCAGUAAGGCGUUGUGGGAGAUUGAGGUGGUACAACAUGACCCGUGCCGAGGUGGUGCUGGCCACUGGAACUCAAUCUUCAGGUUCAAACACCUCGCCACCGGCCACUAUCUGGCUGCUGAAGCCUGUAAUAGACCUCCUGACGCGCCCGUGGACCCCUGCGAGCCAGCGUACCAGUUGGUCUCUGUCCCGCAUUCCUCCGAGAUCGCCACGCUAUUCGAACUUGACCCCACCACCAUGACACAUUCCGACGCUCCAGUUCCACAGAGCAGCUAUGUCAGGCUCCAACACCUUUGCACGCACACGUGGGUUCAUUCUACGUCUAUUCCCAUCGACAAGGAUGAGGAGAAGCCUGUCAUGUCCAAGGUGGGCUGCUCCCUCAUUAAAGAAGACAAGGAAGCGUUUGCAUUAAUAUCGGUGUCGCCUAGCGAGGUUCGAGAUCUCGAUUUCGCUAACGACGCCUGUAAAGUGCUCUCGGCCUUGUCCACCAAACUGCAGCACGGGAAUAUAGAACAUAAUGAGAGGAAAGCUCUGACUUGCUUGUUGCAAGACAUAGUGUACUUCAUAGCGGGCUUCGAGAACGAGCCCAACAAGUCGGAGGCACUGGAACUUGUGGUAGAGAACCCUAAUAGGGACCGACAGAAGCUACUCCGGGAGCAGUACAUACUCAGGCAGCUCUUUAAGAUAUUACAGGGUCCAUUCCAAGAGACGACUGAUGGAGAAGCGUUCUUGAAGAUCGAGGAGCUGUACGACCCUCGAUAUGCUGCCUAUAAGUACAUCUUUCGUCUUUGCUAUCGAAUUCUAAGACUCAGUCAACAGGACUAUAGAAAGAACCAGGAAUACAUAGCAAAGCACUUCGGCUUCAUGCAGAAGCAGAUCGGUUACGACAUAUUGGCAGAGGACACUAUCACUGCCCUGCUUCACAACAACAGGAAGCUUUUGGAGAAGCACAUCACGGCCUCCGAGAUAGAGACCUUUGUUGGUUUGGUCCGCAAGAACAUGAAAACUUGGCAGUCUCGGUUCCUCGACUACCUGAGCGACCUCUGCAUUUCCAACAAGAAGGCUAUUGCCGUGACGCAGGAACUCAUUUGCAAGAGUGUCCUAUGUGCCAAUAACUCGGAUAUACUUAUCGAGACCAGAUUGGUUUCAACAAAAUAUGAAAAAAGUAAUACAUUAGAUCCGGAUGAUACCAGGUACACGGUGGAGGAGGAAGUUAUGCUAUUGUGGAACAAUAAAAAGUGUUCCCGCCUCCUCUCCGAGCUGGCGGCGGAGGCCCGCGCGGAGCCCGGCGGGCAGUCCGCCGCCAUCCUGGACUACUACCGCCACCAGCUCGACCUGUUCUCCAACAUGUGCCUCAACAGGCAGUACCUCGCACUCAACACUCUGUCUCCACAGCUGCAUAUACAUCUUAUACUCAAAUGUAUGUCAAACGCGUCCCUGUCGUACGAGGUGCGCGCUUCGUUCUGCCGCCUCAUGCUGCACCUGCACUGCGACAGAGACCCCCAGGAGCCAGUCACCCCCGUCAAGUACGCCAGGCUGUGGACCGAGGUCUGCGACAGGAUACACAUACACGAUUACCAAUGUGUUAAAGGCGGUCCCGAUGCUAACCGGGAGAAGGUUAAAGAGCAGUUUGCGUCCACCAUACGCUUCGUGGAAAACUACCUCUGUAACGUGGUUACCAAGACCUGGUACUUUAGUGAUCACGAUCAGAAUAAGUUGACCUUCGAAGUUGUUAAACUUGCCAGGGAACUCAUCUACUUCGGUUUCUAUAGUUUCAGUGACCUUCUGCGGUUAACAAAGACAUUACUAAGUAUUUUGGACUGCGUCACAGCUAUGGACCUACUUAACGAGACAAACGCCCUCUCUGGAGAAGUGGAAUCUGAAGGCGGUGUAUUGCGCAGUAUUGGUGACAUGGGCGCUGUAAUGACAUCCAUCACACUUGGAUCUGUCGCUAGAAAUGCAAGUGGCAACACGUCUAACGCAGGCCCAAGCAGCAGUGGAGGAGGUCUACAGCGCACUGCGUCCGCGCUGCUACUGGCCCGGGAGCAUCCCCUCGUCAUGGACACCAAGCUCAAGAUCAUCGAAAUACUACAGUUCAUCCUAGACGUAAGAUUGGACUAUCGCAUCAGUUGUCUCCUGUCUAUAUUCAAGAAGGAGUUCGAGCAGGCCGGGGAGAGGUCUGCUGACACUAUUGGCAGAGCUGAUGUGGAAGCUAUUGGCCUUCAAGCUGAAGGCAUUUUUAGCUGUCGAGCGAUACAAACUGUGCCUGACAGCUGUCUGCCCAAAAAUGUAGAUUUGGAUGGUCUUGAUCUCGAUGAAUGCGGCGGUCGAAUGGUCCUCCGAGUGCUGCUGCAGCUGUGUUCGCAGGGUGCGUCUGCGGCCCUCGUGUCCGGGGCCCUGGCACUCCUGUUCCGGCACUUCAGUCAGAGGCAGGAAGUACUCGCUGCGUUUAAGCAGGUCCAACUUCUUGUGUCUGAUGCGGACGUGGAGUCCUAUAAGCAGAUAAAAGCGGACCUGGACCUUCUCAGACAGAGUGUGGAAAAAUCAGAACUGUGGGUGUUCAAUAAGGGACGUGCGGUCCUUAUUGAUGAACAUAUUAGUGUAACAGGCACGGUCGUAGGCCCGGGCGGCGCUGUGCUGGAACGUAACACGUCGCUCGAAAAUGUUCUAGACACAUCUAGAACGGCCAAACACGACCACAAUGAAUAUAAGAAAGUUAAAGAGAUCCUCCAGCGCAUGAUACGAUACUGUACGCACGGAAACAGCGGCGGCAACAGUGGCGGCGACAGCGGCCACAGCGGCCGGCCGCGCCGCCACGAGCAGAGACUACUGAGGAACAUCGCCGUGCACAACAUCGUGCUCGACCUGCUGCAGGUGCCUCAUGACGAAGACGACAUGGCGAUGGAUGAACUCCUGGCAUUAGCUCACGAGUUCCUCCAACACUUCUGUCACGGCAACCAGCAGAACCAGGCGAUACUACACAAGCACCUGGACCUGUUCCUUAAUGCUGGGAUCCGCGAGGCGCAGACCGUGUGUUCGAUAUUCAAAGACAACGCGGCGCUGUGCGCGCACGAGGGCAACGAGAAGGUGGUGGCGCACUUCGUGCACUGCAUCGAGGCCCGCGGCCGCCGCCCCGCAUACCUGCACUUCCUGCAGACCAUCGUGCACGCCGACACGCACUACAUACGGAGGAGCCAGGAUCUGGUUAUGCAGGAGAUGGUAAAUGCCGGCGAAGACGUGUUAGUGUUUUACAAUGACAAGGUAUCGUUCAACAACUUCAUACAGAUGAUGCGACAAUACCGGAAAACUAACGAAAUGCCGGAAGCGCUCAGGUAUCAUAUACAAUUAGUAAAAUUACUGACAUGCUGCACGAUGGGCAAAAAUGUAUAUACAGAGAUAAAAUGUCACUCUCUCCUGCCACUGGACGAUAUAGUAUCCAUGAUCACGCAUCCUGACUGUAUACCCGAGGUAAAAGAAGCAUACGUAGGGUUCCUGAACCAUUGCUACAUAGACACAGAGGUCGAGAUGAAAGAGAUCUACUCCAGCAACUACAUGUGGGACCUCUUCGAGCGAUCCUUUCUACACGACAUGCAGGCCAUCCUGCAGGCCGACACUACUCAUCCGACCACGCCAGGUCCGUCGUCCGAGGCCCCGAGUACGUCCCGGCGGCCGCCUCAGGUGGGCAGCCAGAAGGCCUGGGUCAAUUACGUCACCGAUGUGCUCAUGCACACUAUAUGCACCUUCUUCAAUUCUCCCUUUAGUGACCAAAGCACUACAGUGCAGUCGAUCUUCGUGAAGCUGCUGCAGACCACGUUCAGUAUAUAUCAGUGUCCCUGGCUGACUCCGCCACAGAAGCUCAACGUCGAGAAAUGUAUACGCACACUCAGCGAAGUUGCAAAAUCUCGAAGCAUAGCCAUCCCCUUGGAGCUAGAAGCUAAAAUCCAGACGGUGUUUGAGAAGGCGGCCGCCCUUUCGCGCCAGACCAGCAAGUGGCUCUUGGCCUCAAAGACAUCGAAGCUUGAGAAGAUGGCAUCGCAAGCGAACCUCCAGAACGACCGGUCGGUGAUGGAGGGGCUGCAGGAGAUAGUGGCGCUGCUGGAGGAACAGCUGCGGCCGCUGCUGCAGGCGGAGCAGUCGCUGCUGGUGGACAUCCUCUACAAGCCUCACCUGCUGUUCACCGGCCACGGGGAGGCCGCCCACGCAGACACUAGCGGGAUCUUCAUCUCUAGAUUAAUCCGGCACACGGAGAAACUUCUAGAAGAAAAGGAAGAGAAGUUAUGUGUCAAGGUGCUGCGUACUUUACGAGAGAUGAUGGCUGUCGAUCCCGAGUACGGAGAGAAGGGCAACCAGCUCCGCUCGAAGCUGCUGUCCCAGUACUUCGUGAAUCGUAAAUCUGAACCCAAGAUCAUGCCCCCUCCGAGUUCUGUAACCGUCACCCACGGACCAGGUGCGAAAGUGCUACUGAGGACUGGGCAGACCCUGGCCCAAGUACAGGCACACCUGGACAAGGAAGGAGCAUCCGAUCUCGUGGUAGACCUGGUCAUCAAGAGUACCAAUCGACAAGCUAUCUUCCUAGAGGCUAUACAACUUGGCAUCGCGCUCCUAGAGGGUGGCAACCCUAUAAUUCAACACAGCAUAUUCACCAAGCUGCAAAAUGGAGAAAUUUCGCAAGCAUUCCUAAAGGUAUUCUACGAUAAGAUGCGUGAAGCCCAGCAAGAGAUCAGGUCUCUGGCUGCAAACAGUACGUCUGCAGCCAGCUCUGAGAAGCAGCGCUCCAGCUACUCAGAAAUCAAGAAGCCUAUCACUGGCGACGGUACCAAGUCUCCAAUGGUGCUGGUGGUGGGCGAGGAGAUGGAUGACGAGGUCAGCAGCGCAUGCGGCUCCGCUGUCCACGCAUACUCGGAUAUACACACUAUGUCUCAUGGUACAACGGCUUUAGAAGAAAUUAUGGCGGAAAAGAAGGAGGCUGGCAACUCAGACGUUCUGCCUCCCAAGGUGGCCAUCAUGAAACCUAUACUACGAUUCUUGCAGUUACUCUGUGAAAACCAUAACCCGGACUUACAGAACUUACUACGGAAUCAAAACAAUAAAUCAAACUACAAUCUCGUGUCGGAGACGCUAAUGUUCCUGGACUGUAUCUGUGGAUCCACCACUGGAGGCCUAGGGCUGCUGGGUCUGUACAUCAACGAGGGUAACGUGGCACUCAUCAACCAGACCUUAGAGACACUCACUGAAUACUGCCAAGGUCCAUGCCACGAAAACCAGAACUGUAUAGCGACGCACGAGAGUAACGGACUAGACAUAAUAACUGCAUUAAUUCUGAAUGAUAUCAACCCGCUCGGCAAGACACGUAUGGAUCUAGUCUUAGAGCUGAAGAACAACGCCUCUAAGCUGCUCCUGGCCAUUAUGGAGUCGCGAAACGAUUCAGAGAAUAAUGCUGAACGUAUACUCUAUAAUAUGAACCCCAAGCAAUUGGUGGAUGUUGCUUGCUCCGCAUUUCAUCAGGAGCACGCAAUGGACGCUGACUCGGAUUCUGAAGACGAUGCCAUCGUUCAAGGAGUAUCUCCUAAAGAAGUGGGGCACAACAUCUACAUCCUGUGCCACCAGCUCGCGGCGCACAACAAGGAGCUGGCGGCGCUUGUGCGCGCGUCCCCGCACGGCACCAACGCGGACGCGCUGCGCUACUACAGGACACACACCGCGCAGAUUGAAAUAGUCCGUACGGAUCGAAGUAUGGAACAGAUAGUAUUUCCCAUCCCGGAAAUAUGUGAGUAUCUACCGGCGGAUAGUAAGCAUCGCGUCUUGCAGAGUGCUGAGCGGGAUGACCAGGGUAGCAAGGUCGCUGACUUCUUCUCAAGGCUUGAUAACCUAUUCCACGAGAUGAAAUGGCAGAAGAAACUUAGAGGGCAGAGAUUCCUUUUCUGGGUUUCAUCCUACAUGUCUCUGUGGAGCAACAUACUGUUUAACUUCGCGGUUCUGAUCAACGUCAUUGUCGCUUUUUUCUAUCCGUUUCAAGAAGAUACACCUAAGCUGGGCCAGCACCUGUCGCUGGUGGUGUGGGUGGUGUCGGGCGUGGCGGGCGCGCUAGUGACGUGGCUGCCGCGCGGCGGCGGGGCGCGCGCCCUCAUCGCCAGCGCCGCCGUGCGCUUCAUGUACUCGGCGGGUCCGGAGCCCACGCUCUGGAUGCUCGCUAUGCUCACUAUAGUGGUGAAAGGUAUCCACUUGGUGAGUAUUAUGGGCAACCAGGGUACACUAUCUAAAUCACCAGGGAAGGUGCUAACAGACCCUGAACUGCUGUACCACAGCGUAUACCUUGUCUUCUGCUUCUUCGGAAUUUGUUGGCACCCAUUCUUCUUUUCUGUUCUGCUGCUGGACAUAGUUUACCGCGAAGAGACUCUCCUCAACGUGAUGCGAUCUGUGACUCGCAACGGCCGGUCCAUCUUACUGACGGCCGUGCUGGCGCUUGUCCUUGUCUAUAUGUUCUCCAUCGUAGGCUACAUGUUCUUCAGAGACCAUUUCCUUGUCGCUGUCGACAGGCUGGACGACGAUGACGACCCCCGCUUCGAGCCGGACGGCUGCGAGGGCGGCGCGGGCGGCGCGCGCUACGCGGCGGGCGAGCAGUGGCGCGCGGCGCGGCUAGUGUCGGUGGGCGGCGAGCUGCGUGAGCGGAGCUGUGACUCGCUCAUCAUGUGCAUCGUCACCACGCUCAACCAGGGGCUGCGCAACGGCGGCGGCAUCGGAGACAUCUUGCGCGCGCCCGCUAGCUUCGAGCCACUGUUCGUAGCGCGUGUGGUCUACGACCUGCUAUUCUUCUUUGUGGUCAUCAUCAUCGUCCUGAACCUCAUCUUCGGUGUCAUCAUUGACACCUUCGCAGACCUCAGGAGUGAGAAGCAACAGAAGGAACUUUGUUUGAAAAACACCUGUUUUAUUUGUGGUUUGAACAGGUCAGCCUUUGACAACAAGACAGUCUCAUUCGAGGAGCACAUAAAGAGCGAACACAAUAUGUGGCACUACCUCUACUUCAUGGUGCUGGUCCGGGUCAAAGACCCUACGGAAUUCACCGGCCCCGAGAGUUACGUGCAUUCUAUGAUAAAGACAAGUAAUUUAGACUGGUUUCCACGACUCCGCGCUCUGUCACUGAUGGGGGGUGGCGAGGGGGAGGGAGGCGAGCUGGAACUGCGCGCGCUGCAAGCACAGCUCGACCGCGCGCAGCAAGCUGUACAUACUCUCACCGACCUACUCACCGACCUACGGGACCAGAUGACAGAGCAACGCAAGCAGAAGCAACGUAUAGGCUUACUAAACUCAACCUCGGCGUAUUUACAGAAUUUGCAGAUGAACUUACCACCGUAA